CAAACAAUCCCUCCAGCGGAAGUCGGAAAAAAAGAAAAAAAGAACAAAUUCUAAGCAAGCAAUGCUUACGUUAUUAAUUAUCGGAUAAUGGAACUCAGCGAUUCGACUCGUUCGCCUCUGGGCAUCGAUCUCAAUGAGAUCCCGAUAACUUCGUCGACGGAUAAUCCGGCCGAUUGCUUGCCGGAGCCUGCGUCGCCGGUGGUUUCAACCGAGGAAGGUAGGGGCGGGAUAUGCGGCGCAUGCGGAGGGCCGGAGGUGGAGGGAUACGUGGUUGUGUGCGACGGCUGCGAGAGGGGUUUUCACUUGGAGUGUGCUGGAAUGCACGGGAGGCAGGCGGUUAAUCUGGUUGAGUGGGUGUGUAGCGACUGCGUUGAAAGCGGAGUUAAAAGUAAACGCUGGCCGUUAGGCAAGAAAAAGAGGAUUUUGGAUAUAAACGCUUCUCCGCCUAGCGAUGCUGAUGGAGACGCUGCCGAGGAACUGCUCGAUGCCAGAAAGCACACCCCGGGUGAUAAUUCUUUUGGUGGCAAUGGAUUUAUUGCCCCAGUGACCUAUUCAAACUUUAUAUAUGCGGGGAAUGGAUAUGGAUCUCAGAAAUUUUCUGGAAUUACGACACACACUGUAAAAACUGGUCUUGAAGAUAUUUUGCUUCAUAGACAAAGAAUGGAUGGAAGUUUCAAUGGGGUAGAUUUGGGCUUCUCCACUGGAAAUCUUAGGAGUAGUAAAUUUCCAUCUCAAAAUCCCAGCGAGAUAUUGUUGCAGGCUCUUAGAGAAUUUAUUUCUGAAAGGCAGGGUUUUCUAGAAGAAGGUUGGUGUGUUGAAUUAAGACGUUCUAUGAGCAGCUGUCAACUAUAUGCUGUUUACUGUGCUCCAGAUGGAAAGACUUUUGAUUCAAUGUCUGAAGUUGCUUGUUAUCUGGGUUUGAUUUCUAACUACAAAUCUAUGGAUGCUGAAAUAAGAACUGAAGGAUCUGCUGGACAGGAAAGGUUACAUCUACCUAAACGAAGAAAGCUAACGAGGUCAUCGGUUGUUAAUGGUUUUGAGGAAAAAAAGGAUUCGAUAAGUAGUUAUUGUAAUGAGUUUUCAUCCAAUUGUGAACCUAUGGAGAUUUUUGCUAGUAGAUCUGAUACUAUUGUGGCUGGUGGUACUGAAGCUGUAGGAGAGGAAAAUGGUUUCGCUGGAUUUCAGCACAAUAAGGAUGGACUUCCUGUGCAGUUUGAAGAUUUUUUUGUUCUUUCUUUGGGGAAUGUUGAUGUGAGACCUUCAUAUCAUGAUGUUAACCAGAUCAGUCCUGUUGGUUAUACCUCCUGUUGGCAUGAUAAGAUCACUGGCUCUCUUUUUAUAUGUGAAGUGUCAGAUGGUGGCGAUUCUGGUCCUGUUUUUAAGGUAAGAAGAUGUUCAUGCUCUGUGUUGCCCAUUCCAAAUGGAUCAACUAUCCUCUUUAGGUCAAAUUUUGUGCAAUUCUCCGGUCUACAUGAUGAAGGAAAUGGCAAUAUUGCUCCUUAUGGUAAUGAUUAUGAUAAUGACAUCAGUAUCCAGAUAAUUCUUUCAGAUCCUUGCCCUCCUAUGGAGCAUGAUAUCUUGACUUGUCUAGGAAAUAGUGCAAACAAAACUUAUGGUGCUUAUACAUGUGAUAAUUUAUUGCUUGAAGCCAGUUCCAUUCAUGAAAAAUCUAGAAAGCUUCUAACUGAUGGUUUAGGGUUGAGGGAUGAAAUUGGUGAGAUUUCUGUUGAAGAUCGUUCAUCAUCAUUGGCAUGGAGAAUGAUGUCUCAGAAGCUUGUUGAUGCUUGCUCUGAGAUCUGUAAACGAAAAGGUGGUUUAAAUUUUUUCUGCAAGCACAUUGAAAAUAGAAGGGGAUCACCAAACUGGGAUAUGAUGGACAACAAGAACAAAGUGAGAUUUUCUGCACUUGAAAGGUUUUUUGGUUCUCCGGUCUCCAUUAACAUCCUGUCUGACUUUGGGGGUGAUGAUAAGUUUGAUAAAAUAAGCAAUGUACUUCUGAAGUGGCUGGACCAGGAUAGAUUUGGGUUAGACACUGAGUUUGUGCAAGAAAUUAUUGAACAGCUUCCUGGUGUUAAAGCUUGUUCACGUUAUGAAUUUCUGAAGCAUAGAAGUUACUACAUCUCAUCCCUAACUGUUGGAAAUGGAUUCCUGAUUGCAAAAAGGAAAUGUGGGAUAGAAAGCAAGAAUGAAGAAGUAUCAGAUGGUUCAUUUGGAAGACUCAACAAACCUCAGUUGGUUGAAGACCAUGAUCAUUGCCCCCCUGGAAAGGCAUUGUGCUUGAGGCUUCCUCCUCACAUUAUUGGUGACUUUUAUCAGGUAUGGGAGUUCUUUGGGCGUUUUCAUGAAAGUUUAGGUCUGAAGGGACCUUUUUCCUUGGAGGAACUUGAAGAGGAGCUUAUCAAUCCAUGGUUUGAUGGCUCAAGUCCUCUUGAGAAAUCUGAGAAGAAAAUCCAGGGAAUUGAACCCUCAAGCUUUCAAGAAACUGACUUUGUGGGUGGACAAAUGUCAUCCUCAAGGGAAAACCCACAUGCAUUUAUACAGAUGGAAACUGGAUCAAUGAAAGAAGUGGCCCAAGCUAGAAUAGCAUAUGUUAAUUACAACAGAUGUUCUGGUGUGGUUUUGACCAAGGCUCAUAGCUCUUUGCUUGGGGUGCUAAUUAGUGAACUGCAAUCCAAGGUGGCUGCAAUUAUUGACCCAAACUUUGAUUCUGGAGAGUCGAAAUCAAAACGGGGGAGAAAGAAAGAUGCAGAUAACUCAAUUCCUCCUAAGAAGGGUAAGCUCAAUAUGCUCCCUGUUAACGAAUUGACUUGGCCAGAAUUAGCACGGAGAUACAUCUUGGCUUUCUUAUCCAUGGAUGGUGUCCUUGACUCUGCGGACAUUACUACUCGUGAAAGUUGUAAAGUGUUUCGCUGCUUACAAGGUGAUGGAGGGGUGCUCUGUGGUUCACUUACUGGAGUGGCUGGAAUGGAAGCAGAUGCCCUGUUGCUUGCUGAGGCUACAAAGAAGAUUUUUGGUUUUUUGAACAGAGAAAAUGACAUGCUGACCAUUGAAGAUGAAGGGUCUGAUGCUUCUGGUUCCUGUGAAAAGAAAGUUGUGAGUGAUGGUACUAUGCCUGAGUGGGCAAAGGUUCUGGAGCCUGUUAGGAAGCUACCAACAAAUGUGGGAACCAGAAUCAGAAGAUGUGUUUAUGAAGCCCUAGAGAAAGAUCCACCAGAUUGGGCCAAAAAAAGAUUGGAACAUUCAAUCAGUAAAGAAGUUUAUAAAGGCAAUGCAUCAGGACCAACGAAGAAAGCCGUUCUUGCAGUGCUGGCAGAUGUUCGGAAGGAAGAAUUGCCACAUAAAUCUGACAAGGAAACAAAGAGAAAGACUGUCCUAUCUGUAUCUGACAUCAUAAUGAAGCAAUGUCGUAUUGUCUUACGUCAUGCUUCUGCUGCAGAUGAUGCAAAAGUUUUCUGUAAUUUACUGGGAAGAAAGUUGAGUUCUAUUGAUAAUGAUGAUGAGGGGCUACUUGGAUUGCCUGGCAUGGUAUCUCGUCCUCUGGAUUUUAGGACUAUUGAUAUGAGAUUGGCAGUUGGGGCGUAUGACAGAUCACAUGAAUCUUUUCUUGAGGAUGUUCGGGAGUUAUGGAAUAAUGUGCGAAUGGCAUAUGCGGAUCAGCCUGAUUUUGUUGAAUUGGCUGAGAAAUUAUCCCAGAAUUUUGAAGCAUUGUAUGAAAAGGAGGUUGUCCCCCUGGUUCAGAAACUCGUGGGGUAUGCCAAAUCGGAAUGCUUAGAUGCUGAAGCUAAACGAGAAAUAAAUGAUAUUAUUGCUCUCACAAGUGAGGUUCCAAAAGCUCCGUGGGAUGAAGGAGUCUGCAAAGUAUGUGGGGUGGAUAAAGAUGAUGAUAGUGUUCUUCUAUGUGAUACUUGCGAUGCUGAGUAUCAUACUUAUUGCUUGGAUCCUCCACUUGCACGGAUUCCUGAAGGGAACUGGUAUUGUCCAUCUUGUGUUGUCAGUAACCAUAAGCUUCAGGAUUUAUCAGGACAUUCUGGAGUCGGUGGUCGAAGCAGAGGAAAGAAAUACCAGGGAGAAGUGACUCGAGUGUACUUGGGGGCACUUAGGCAUUUAACAGCUGUAAUGGAAGAAAAAGAGUAUUGGGAGUACAAUGUAGAUGAGAGAACCUUCUUGCUUAAGUUUUUAUGUGAUGAGUUACUUAAUUCAGCCGUUAUUCGUCAACACCUUGAGCAAUGUGCUGAAACAACUGCUGAAUUGCAGCAGAAAUUACGUUCCUUUUCUGCAGAAUGGAAGAAUUUAAAGUCUAGGGAAGAAAUUGUGGCUGCAAGAGUUGCAAAGGUGGAGACAACUGUGCUUAAUGCAAUUGGAAACGUUAAGGAGGGAUCCACAACUACUCUUAGAAACAAUGGCAAAUUUAUGGGAUAGCCACAGGGCUCAAGCUGUGGAAAUAAUGGCUUUGUUGUCUCCUCUGAUGAUGUACAUCCAACAGAGGGUGGUCGACAGGAAUCUGAGCUAAAUGAUUCUGAUAGGCGCCCAUCUCUCUUGUAUUCAGAGAAGAGUUAUAAGUUUAACAGCCAAUUCAUGAACCCUGUAGAUACUGAAGAUAAAAUAAAAGAUCAUCAUGCUGUUGUUGACAACAGUAAAAUACCUUUUCAAGAGAAUGAUAAAUCAUUUAAACCAAAUGAGCUCCCUUUAUCAAAUACUUUGCCACAAGAUGACGUGAGUAGAGAAAUCCAUUUAAAGGAAAACUUACAAGAAUUGACAAAGGAAAUUGCAACUCAAAUACCACCUUCAGAUCAUCAGGGACUCUCUACCCCAUCAGAAUUGUUGAGCCCUCAAGUAGCUCAUGAAGUGCCAUUUGUUGUCACAAAUGAGUCACAAGCAUACAAUCUUGAGUUGAACACGAUCAAGAAUGACAUACUUGUUCUACAAGACUUAAUAACCGCCACAGAAUCACAGCUUUUGAAGCUAACUGUGAGGAGGGAGUUUUUGGGAAGUGAUUCUAUUGGUCGAUUGUAUUGGGUUUCAGCUAUGCCUGGUAUGCAGCCACAGGUUAUUGUUGAUGGGAGUUUUACAUCACAUCAAGGAAGAAAAAGGCUGGAUUUUCGAAAGCAAAUGGGCAAAAAUUCAAUCUUGCAGACUUCCACUUCAUCAGACACAAAUACUGUCUUGAAUUUAGAGGGCUCAAAAGCUUGCUGCCCAUUUUCCUAUGAUCCUAAUGUUACUAUGGCUAGUCCACAUUGGGUUUUUUAUCAAAAUGAUGCUGAAGUUAAAGAAUUGUUUCUGUGGUUGAAGGACAACAACCUGAAAGAAAGAGAACUGAAAGAGUCUAUUCUGCACUUGCAAAGGCUAAGAUUCCAGGAUCCUGAACAAACUAAAAACCAAGUGCAGGACGACUGCCAAAGUUGUUUGAGAACACCCACUAAUAGUGAAAAAGCUGGACCUAUUGAUUGUCUUGUUACUAAGGCGGCCUUGUUGCUGGAGAAGAAUUAUGGUCCUUGCUUUGACUCAGAAACCACUGAAAUUGUGAAGAAGCGGGGAAAAAAGGCAAGAGUGACUAGUGAAGAGAAAAUGUAUCGUUGUGAAUGCUUAGAACCGAUUUGGCCUUCCAGAAACCACUGCCUCUCGUGCCACAGAACUUUUUUCACUGAAGUUGAAUUUGAGGAGCAUAAUGAUGAUAGGUGCAGUUCAGGUCCUCCAGUCUUUGAGAAGAGCAAAGAGAUAAAUAAUUCUUUGAGAGGGAAGGGGAAUAUGAAAUCUGACAUACCUAGGGAAGCAUGCACUUCUGAAAUUGAUGUUGAAACUUCUAAAAGUGGGUGCAAUGACAUGGCCUCACGGUUGAUAAAGUUUCAAAAUGAAGGGUUAGUGUGCCCUUUUGACUUGGAGGAGAUAAGAUCCAAGUUUAUGACGAAAGAUUCUAAUAAAGAAUUGAUACAGGAGAUCGGUCUCAUUGGUUCAAAAGGAAUCCCCUCGCUUAUCCCAUCUGUAUCUCCUUUCCUGAGCGACCCUACUUUAAUGUUAAAUUCUCCCCAGAAAGAGGUAGGCGGCGCAGGGGAUGAGUUGAAGGCUGGCAAGAGACUGUUAUCUGCAGAAGCAAACCUGUCUGUGGCUAAUGCUGGCAAUGACAACAUCAUGGAUGGUUCUUCCAGACAAUCUGCUGCAACUGGGAUACCUGGAGUACCUAAAAGGAAUAAACCAGCCUUGGGAUAUUCUAAACAAAGAGAUGAAAGAUCCUUUUCAGAUAGACAAUUUUCUGAAGUUGGGGUUGCUCACUGUUGUGUAGUUCCCCAGUCUUCAUUGAGGCCAUUAAUUGGUAAAGUGUCACAGAUAAUGAGGCGGCUCAAGAUUAAUUUACUAGAUAUGGAGGCUGCUUUCCCUGAAGCAACUUUGAGACCUUCAAAGGCCCAUGCUGAAAGGAGGUGGGCUUGGCGUGCGUUUGUUAAAUCUGCAGAAACAAUAUAUGAGAUGGUCCAGGCUACAAUUAUAUUGGAAGACAUGAUCAAGUCUGAGUAUUUGAGGAAUGAGUGGUGGUAUUGGUCAUCAUUCUCAGCAGCUGCCAAAACAUCCACUAUGUCUUCUCUUGCCUUGCGAAUAUACUCCCUUGAUGCAGCCAUUGUUUAUGAGAAGUCCUUAUCCAAUUCCGAUGCAAUUGACAGUUUGAAGGUUAGCAGCAUUCUGGAGCAUAAGUCACUGCCCAGUUCGGAAUUGGCAGAAAAGUUAAAGGUAAGCCGAAAAUGUAAUAAGAAGCGAAAGGAACCAGAUGGUUGAUUUAGGGGUCUGUGGCUUUUGAAUUCAUUGGGAGAGACAAUCCAGACAAAUUGGGUCCCGGUGCCAGUGGAAGGUGACGGCCAGCCUGUUUUGUAAUAAUAAAGAAGGUUCCUAUAAUCAAGACCACAUUUGGGUCAAUUGGUCAAAUUGAUCAUGAGGAUAAUUUGGGAACCGAAGGCGCAAUGCUGCCACUGCCACUGCUGCUUCAGGUGCGUGUGUAUACAAAGCUGACAAUGCUAACUUGGAUUUGGAAGCAGAGUCCUAAAGCUACCUUUUUUUUCUGAAGUUGUAUUCAUCAGGACUAGUGGAUUAGUGAGAAUGCUUCCAGUUUUGGACUGCUUUUUGCUUCAGUGUUUAGAUUUGUUCUUGGAAUGACAGGCGAAAUAGAAGAAAAAUUUCUGAGAUGAGCACGAUCCAUAUACAUAUACAAAAUAAAUUAGUGUAAAAGGAAAAAGAAGUAAGGAAAGAAAAUCAAACUGAGCAGAGUAGCAAUCUCAUUCUUUAUUCAUUUCUUUAUUUCUAUUGUCUCA